UUAUUUGCUCAGUGUACUAGCUGUCAAUUAUUUUGUUGAUAUAGAGGAGUUAUAUGAUUUUAUAAAAGUAAUUUGUUUUUUUCUGUAAACAAUUAACAAAAUGGCUACGAAACGUAGAUAUAUUGAGGAUGAGCUUUCGCGAUUUGAGGCGGAAAUAUCUAAACAAACUUCUCAGCCUGCAAGAAAUUUAUUCGUUCCUUCCCAAGUAAGGCCCAUAAUUGCAGCAAACACGUACAACCAGGUUCAGCAAAAGUUGCAACAGCACCCGCAAGCGACAACAAUAUCUUCGACGGUGCAAGUUACUCCACGUGUAACUGUAGCCCCGCCAGUGAUUCCACCACCAACAUUUAUGUCCACUUUUGUACCUACUCAAGUGAAUAAUACUGGUGGGCAAUUGAAAGCUGUAGCACCGUCACCUACUGCUAUUACAGCGACGCCUGUUGUGGUUAGUAGUGCUCCAAAAUUAUACCAAAGUAGACAAUCGGUGAAUGUUCCUGCUACACCGCAUAUCGACAUAAAUGCCAUACAAUUUGAUGUUACUCAAAAAUUAAAAAAGCUAAAAGCUGAGAAAUCUGGUCCAAAUCCUAUUGCAGAGGAAGCAAUUAAAGCUGCAAGAGCCUCAUCAGCUUUGCAAUCAUUUCAAACAACAGAGAGGAAAAAGAAGGAUCGUAAGACUAUACGAGUAGCGGGCGGAACAGUCUGGGAGGACUCCUCAUUAGCAGAUUGGCCUGAUGAUGAUUUUCGCAUAUUUUGUGGUGAUUUGGGUAAUGAUGUAAAUGACGAAGUUUUAACUCGAACAUUUAAUAAGUAUCCGUCUUUUCAACGAGCACGUGUUAUCCGUGAUAAACGAACUGGAAAAAGCAAGGGUUUCGGCUUUGUAAGUUUUCGAGAGCCAGCAGAUUUUAUACGUGCGAUGAAAGAAAUGGAUGGUCGUUAUGUCGGAAGUAGACCAAUAAAACUACGUAAAAGUACAUGGAAGCAACGCAGUUUGGACAUAGUCAAAAAGAAGGAACGUGAAAAACAGCAGCUGUUACAAUCCUUCAAUUCAUAAUUUUUUCAAGUAUAAUGAUACGCUUAUGUGAA